AUGAUCAGACGCGCCAUCGAACCGGGUAAAACAUCUACUGGGGAAAAGAUCUGUUUCGUUCAGAAGCUUGGCGAGAACCGCGCCCGGUUUGUGGUGGAAUCCUCUGACCACACUAGGCGCCUUGUUGAAAGUUCGGAUGCUGGAGGUUUUGUCGCUAUUGAAGGUGCAAGGCGAGCAGGAGUGCCGGAGACAACCAGAAAGGAAACAGACAUCCUAGCGUUCCGCAGUCGUGUACGAAGCGGCGGCAUUUACGGUCUAACUUUUGUGGCAGUCGGUGAAUGGGAUCCGACCCAGAAGCGGCUUCCCUUUAUAGUCGUGGGAUUUUACUAUUCCGAAAACGAGCACGUGCAAGCAGCCGAAUAUGCCAUUUCUAAGUCUAAUCUGGGCAAAAUUCUGUCACCAAGGGAGGCUGAACGACUAGUUGUGGAAGGAAUAGUGGGCCACCAGAGCAUGUCCCUGCGGGAGGCUUUGAGCAGUCAGCUUACUGUGGACCCGUGGCAAAGCCAAUCUCCGCACCUUCAUGGGGUGGGGCAGAUGCAGCAGCCUUAUCUCUUGUUUCCACAGUCGCUAUUCAAUCCGCCCCCAGAUCUGCAGCAGAAUUACUUUCCCCAGCAGCUAGUUCCCUAUGUUCAGCAGCAUGCAACGAACUUGCUGCCUGUCCAGCAGCAACCUUAUUUUCCUCAUCCCCAUAUAAUCAGCCAGCAGGCCCUCCCGCAGCAGGCUCCUGUGAUUCCUCAACAGCAACAGUAUUACCAGCAGCACCCCCCAGCUCAAGUAUCACUCAGAAUCUCACCCAUGGUUCAACCGCAUCUUCACUCGUACAACAGUGAUGGCGAGGAGCUUUAA